AUGAACGGCCCACCGAAUCCCCCAGAGCAGCUCGACUAUUAUGAAAUUCUCGGAGUUAAUGAACGCGCAUCAUAUGCCACAAUACAGAGGUGUCACAAGCGAUUACAAGCUUUAUACCAUCCUGACAGUGGAAGGGUUGGCGCUACACCCAACACUGAGCAUUUCCAGAACAUUGAGGUUGCGUGGCACACCCUAGAGGACACUAGCGAGAGACGGAAGUACGACAGAGAUUACGCCAGGAUCCGGAGAGAAUGGGACGUCUACAAAAUCAACCUCGCCAACUGGAACGACGAGCAACGGGAAAACGAGCAGCGUCAGACGAGAGCCGCUGCACGACGGAAAAAACUGGUUGAAGAGAAGAUGGAGAUUGAGAGGGUUAAGCAAAAAGUAUUGGAAGAGAAGGCCAAAGAAGCUGCAAGACGUCAAGCUGAGCUCAUGGGGGCUAGGAAGGCUCUUCAAGCAAAAGCAGCUGAGAUGAAAGAGCAAAUCCAGCAACGAGAGAGAGAAGCGCAACGCGCGAGAGAGCGCCUCCAAGAGGAAAGCAGAAGACAGGGGAUAGCUCGGGCUGAGGAAGAGGCCCGCAUCAAGACUGACUGGGAGAAAGCACAAAAACAAAGAAAAAUGACUGAGAAAGGAUCGUCACAAGACACUUCGAAUGAAGACGGAGCGCUAAGAGAAUUAUGGCGAGAAAAGCAAGAGCGAACUCGUGAACAGGCCAAGAGGGCGGAGGCUGCAAAUGAAGAAGCAGCGCAGGAACGUCUCAGGAAGCAGCAGGAGAACUUGCAUCAAACGAGCGAAGACGACCACGAUCGAUCUGCAGAACCUACUUCGACCGAAAGUCAAGAGAGAGAACGACUCGCUAAUAAACAGCGCGCGGCAAACGAAAGAGAGGCCAAGGUCAUGGCCGAUGCACAGAAAAGACAGAGCGAGGCAGCUGAAGAGCGCCUUCGUCGUCAAGAAAUCGAUGCCACAUCGCUCAAGCGGCCACCUGCUGAUGAUGUCGAGGACGAGCAAGAUAUGACAAAUCCCAAAAAGCCCAAAGCCAGAGAGUCUAUGACAUCAGGCCUUCGCAAGCACAUGGCUCGCGAACAAGCCCGGCGAGUUCAUGCCCAGAAACUUCAGGAGGUAGGUGGCCCAGGAAAUGAAGAGCGCCUGAGAGACGUCAGUAUCGACUUGGGAUGGAAACAUGUGGACUAUCAGAACAAGGCAUGUCCUCAAUGCCACACGAAAAAAAGUGCCGCGCAAUUCGGUCUAUGGGAGUGUCCAGAAGGAGGGGCAUUGAGAUGCCGACCCUGUCUGGCGGCACUGAGUGUAUUUAGUGCGUGA